CAUUCUUGACCUGCCUCAAACAAUAUUGAUUAUAACAAGUUGAUCCACCGCUUAUACUUUCACUAUGAAGCUCGCCUUGGUACUGGCCACCCUCACGGCCACAGCGUUCAGUCAAAAGGAGCUGUGUGCACAAUACGACUCUGUUUCGAGCCCUCCGUACACAGUGAACAACAACCUCUGGGGCAAGGAUUCGGGGACUGGCUCCCAGUGCGUCUACAUUGACAGCCUCUCCAGCUCGGGCGCUGCGUGGCACACUACUUGGACCUGGAACGGUGGCCAAGGCAGUGUGAAGAGCUAUUCUAACUCCGGCGUCAACUUCGAAAAGAAGCUCGUGAGCGAUGUCCACAGUAUUCGCACCGACGUGGAUUGGAAACAGGACAAUACCAAUGUCAACGCCGAUGUGGCGUACGAUCUGUUUACCGCUGCGGACAAGAACCACGUUACAUCGAGCGGCGAUUAUGAACUGAUGAUAUGGCUCGCUCGCUACGGCACUAUCCAGCCCAUCGGCGCCAAGAUCGAUACCACUACAGUCGAAGGCCAUACUUGGGAAGUGUGGUACGGUACCAGCAUCCAGGCAGGCGCCGAGCAGAAGACGUACAGUUUCGUCUCGGCGACCCCGAUAAACUCCUUUAGCGGGGACAUUAAGCCAUUUUUCGACCAUCUCACCUCUAAGCACGAUUUUCCCGCUUCUGCCCAGUACCUGAUCAAUCUUCAGUUCGGAACUGAGCCGUUCACCGGUGGCCCGGUAACUUUCACAGUUCCGAAAUGGACCGCCACUGUCAACUAAGAAUAUGGAUGCUUCUUGCCCCUGUCCACUGAUGGGGUAGGCAGCCCGUAGCCAGGUGUAGUGGGCAUGGCCUGCUUACUACUACUGUUUAUACAGUUGUUUGAUUCACUUCGAAGAUUUGGGGCUUUGCGGUUGAUGUCCGCCAUAGGCUGGACUCUAUCUUGAAGAAUGAAUGAGUUGUUAUUCUAUCAGACAAAGAAGUUAGCAAGCGCAUCCGAUCCUUUUAUUAAGGCUUGCUGUAUUUAAUUUUGGUCCC